UUUUGAAGCACAAACGUAGCGUUUGGCGUUCAAUUCACAAAGAGGCUCUGAAGUUGUUCCUUUUCCGAUGGUUUCCAACUUCUUAAGCGAAUAAUUUUCGCUUCUGCAUUUGGGAACCUUUUCAAAGUUCUUUGGCGUUUCUUUUUGGCCAAGAUAUUAGCUUAGGCUACUUGUUUCUGCAUUACCAUUGUCAUAAUAAGGCAUUCCUGUGUUUGGAGCAAAACGAAAGGGAUAUGGUGUAAUUCCAUGCCCCCGUGCUUGAGUAAUUGACUCUCUGAAGCUUGAGAAAAAGGAUUUAGGGGAUUGAGAUGGACAUAGGUGGUCUUGUAACGUCUGCCGGAAUCAAUAUAUCUAUAUGUGUUGUGCUUUCUUCAUUAUAUUCCGUGCUAAGAAAACAACCAAGCAAUGCAAGUGUGUAUUUCACACGAAGAUUUAUUUCAGAACCGAUCCAGCAUGAUGAUCCUUUCGGCCUUCAUAGAUUCGUGCCCUCGGCAGGAUGGCUCAUGCGUGCCUGGCAAGCAACCGAUGAAGAAUUAUUAGAAGCUGGUGGUGUUGAUGCUGUAGUUUUCAUGAGAAUAGUAGUUUUCAGUCUUAGGAUAUUCAUCAUUGCUACUGUUGUUUGCAUUUGUCUAGUCCUUCCGGUGAAUUAUUAUGGAAGAGACAUGGAGCACAAGAGUUUCCGUGUAGAACCAUAUGAUGUGUUUACUAUUGGAAAUGUAGAAGAAGGUUCAAAAAUGCUUUGGGCACAUUGUUUUGCAAUGUACGUCAUAUCCUUCUCAGCAUUUGUUCUGCUUUACUUAGAGUAUAAAAGUAUCACUAAAAUGAGGCUAGCACAUAUUACUGGAUCUCAUCUCAAUCCAAGUCAUUUCACAAUUCUAGUCCGUGGCGUUCCGUGGUCCCAGGAUGAUUCAUAUAGUAAAUCGGUGGAAAGUUUCUUUUCGACUUAUUAUCCCGAUACCUAUGUGGCUCACCAGAUGGUAUAUCGGCCUAGUACAUUUCAUAAACUAAAGAAGGAUGCCAAGAAGAUGUACUUAAUGCUAAGACCCACAGAGACAGAGUAUGUACGGGAUGAUAAGCCAUGUUAUCUUUGUGGAGGAUCUGCACAUACCUUUAAGGUGAUUCACAAAGACAACAAUAGAAGUCAAACCAGAAUUGAUGACUUGCACCCAACUCAAAUAGAAAAGGAAUGUCCAGCUGCUUUUGUUUUCUUUAAGAAUCGUUAUGCUGCUGUUAUUGCUGCACAAGUUCUUCAAUCAUGGAAUCCCAUGUUAUGGGUGACACAACUAGCUCCAGAGCCACAUGAUGUUUAUUGGUCAAACCUCGGCAUACCAUACAAACAAGUCUGGGUUCGUAAAAUAGCAAGUCUUCUAUGUGCUUUGGCCCUUGUGUUCGUGUUUUGUUUUCCAGUUGCCUUUGUGCAAGGCUUGACACAAGAAGAUGUACUAAAAAGUUGGUUUCCACAAUUUAGAAGACUUCUAGAAAACGAGUUCGUAAACCGGGUGGUAACAGGUUACCUGCCGAGUGUGAUUCUGAUAGUGCUUAUGUAUACUGUUCCACCAAUCAUGAUGAUGUUAUCCAAAAUGGAGGGAAAUGUUUCGCGUAGCGAGAGGAAAAGGAGUGCAUGCAUUAAAGUUUUGAACUUUACAAUCUGGAAUGUUUUCUUCGUUAACGUUUUGUCCGGAUCCUUUAUCCAGCAAAUGAGUGUUUUCUCGAAACUUCAAGAGUUGCCUUUUCAACUUGCCAAACAAAUGCCUGACCAGGCUGCCUUCUUUACGACUUAUGUUCUGUCAUCAGGUUGGGCAAGCUUGGCCAGUGAAUUAAUACAACUUUUUAGUCUUACUUGGAAUUUCUUCAGAAAAUUCAUUCUAAGAAGUAAGGAAGAGCCAACUAAUAUUGCUCUAAACUUCCCGCACCAUACUGAAAUUCCACGAAUGCUUCUGUUUGGACUCCUGGGCUUCACUUUUGCUAUCCAUGCACCCUUAAUCUUGCCCUUCUUGCUCAUUUACUUUGCUCUCGCGUUCCUCGUCUAUCGAAACCAGAUUCUCCAUGUAUAUGUAACAAAAUAUGAAAGUGCGGGACUGUUCUGGCCUGUUGUCCACAACACAACAAUCUUCUCUUUAGUGUUGACACAGGUCAUCGCAGUUGCGGUGUUCGCCCUGAAAGAAGCACCAAUUGCUUCUGGUUUCACCAUUCCUCUCAUAGUUUUCUCCCUCCUCUUCAAUGAGUACUGCAGGAAGAGGUUUUCCCAGGUUUUCAAGAGGAGCCCCGCACAGGUUCUCAUAGAGAUGGAUCGACGAGAUGAACAAAUGGGGAGGGAAGAAGGGUUUUACAAUCAGUUGCGAUCGGCAUAUUGUCAGUUAGCGUACAUUACAAAGGAUUUGACCAUUUCUGAGGAUUUUUCCAGAGUUGGAACCAACAGGCAGCGCAAAGAUGAUGAAAGUUGCCAAGAUAAAGAUGACAGUUCACCCAAAUCAGGGAUUCAUCAUAUUGAAUUACAGUGAUAGCUGGAUGAAGUGAAACUGGUACUUUAGAAACGUAUGUAUAGGUGGCAGUGCAAAAUUAGAUAGUGGGGGUGUGACGUAGGUUACAAUUAUAGCUGUAGAAAUGAUUUCCCUCCCCAUUAUGAUCCACACAGAUAUGACCAC